AUGUUGCCAAACCAAAUCAGGCUGUAGCUGCACUACCCGCAUUAGAGAUUGGAGGCUGGAGCUUAUGUGGGCCCGCGGAUCCUCUCCGGAAAACAAAACUCGAGAUAACUUUGGGGUAAACUGUAAAUAUUCUGGAAUCGUCUCGCUGAGGUGUAUUUAAGGAUUUUAUUUUGUCACCUUUGGGACCUCGGAGCGCCGGGGACAGACAGACCCGAAAGGAUCAUGUUUCAACUUUGCUUCCAGAGUUUCCAAAGUUAUGCACUUUGGGUGGGAAGUUGUGGACUUUAUUGCGGCAUUUCACUGCCUUUAAACCACCAUCUGUGACGAGAUGAGCAACGACCCGUCUCAUUCAGAGCUUAUGAUGGAGGCGCUCUUAUGAAGUCAGUUUUACACCAAGUGGAUAAAUUAAGCUGUGCCAUAUUAAUGGAGCGGAUUCUACUUUUGAUAUGCUGCGAGUUGGUUAUAGCCAUCGGUUUUUGUGGUGGAUCUCCGAACCAUAACCGUCGCCCCGUGUGUUGGAAAGCCAUCCUCAAGUGUCACGGAGAACCCGAGUGCCGUUACGCAUAUGACCAGUACCUAAACGCCUGCGCGUCCGUUAUUAGCGGCGGAGGCAGGAUGUGUCCCAGUCACUGCAUAUCAUCGCUCAUUCAGCUCAAUCUGACCCGGAACGGCCCAGAUCUGGAAGACUGCGACUGCGCCACGGACCCGGUGUGCAGGAGCACCCAGCAAGCCAUCGACCCGUGCGUGCCGCGCACCAGCACCAUGGGCUGCACCGAGGCCCGGUUGCAGUGCGAGACGGACCGAGCAUGCAGCUCGGCCAUGAGGGAUUAUUUGUUCCACUGCCGGAAACUUUUCGGGCGGCAGAAGUGCUCGGAGAGCUGCCGCAAAACCAUCGCCAACAUGCGCUCCAUCCCGAAGGCGCAGCAGCUUGACGCUUGCAUCUGCGACGGCUCCGAAAGAAACAUCUGCGAGUACAUCAAGCUGAGCAUGAAGACUCUGUGCUCCGAUUCCAGCGACAGGUUCGUGGGGAGCGGGUUCUCAGACUCUGAGGAGGACACAGAGGAAGAUGACGCGUACCAGGAUGAUUAUCAGUAUGUUGACAAUUCAAGCAGCUUCCCAACGUAUCAAACACAAAUACAAACCUUGAUAUUCAUAACCAUUUUCACGGGAUUGAUUUGAAUGACUAAUAAUAAAAUUUUUGUUAGAAAAUUAAAGUCGACCAGGGCCGGUCCGAGCAUUAAUCAGGCCCUGAGCAUUUGGGGUCCCUGCUUUGCAGAAAAGUGAAAGCAAUUAAUUUCCACCAACCUUGGAGAGCUGGGGAGGAGGGGCAGAGUUUAUAGUGAAAGGGGGAGAGGUCACAGAAAUGCAACCCUAGUGAAAACAAGCUGUAUAAAUGAUUGAAUUGGUAUUCAAAUAUAACUGUUUAUAUUACUUUUAAAUUAUGAAGUUAAAUAUUUAGAUCUCUGCAUUUUAUAUGUACAGUGAAGUCACAUUUUCAAAGUUCCCUGUGGAGAAUAUAAUGGCAACUUCCCCCUGAAGCCAGACUCAUGGUUUUGUAUUGCUAACAGUAGUUGGCACCAAAAUAGAGAAACUCCCCUGAUUUUUCUGCUAAGAGAUAUUGUUCAGUGCAAUAAGAACAUUUACUUCAAAAGCAGUACACUAUUUAGCAGGUAUUGAUUGUAUAGAUUUGCCUAAGUCUUAUUAUAAAAUCAAAAUAAUAUUAAAUGGAUACUGCGGAUAAAAUAGUUAAAUAAAUAAGACACAGGAUGCUAAACUGUUUUAACAGCUGCAAAAAAAUAAAUAAAAAAUAGCUAUUGUGCUUUAAAAACAGCUAAUGUAGAUUUUAAAUGUUUGUAAUAAUACGGACACAAUGCCGUUUUUAAUGCAAAGUUACCAUAUGAUAAAAGUCUCAUACCAGCCCAGAUUAAACUCCAGUGCUGUUAGGGUCCUCAGUCCAGCUGAGGGUCCUAAGCACCUGCAAAGUUUGCUUGUACCCUAGUUUGGCUUUCAAAUGACGUUUCUCUAAAUGAGUCUCCAGAAAUUUUUUUAUAUUAAAGUUGGGAAACUGCCCAUUCCAUAAGUGUAAUUUUUUUAAACGUCACAUAAGAAUGUAAAAAUAUGUCUAUAUGGGUUUUUGUUGUAUGUUAAAAAAGAGUUGCACUGUAUGGCAAUGUGCCUUUGUGUUCACAUAUGAAGAAAGUAUGUGUUGUCUGCAAGUGCCUAAAGUCCCCGAAUAAGCAGUCACUUCCUUUUGAGAGAAACCAAAGUUCAUUUAAGCUACCUAAAUAUGUUUUAACCCCAGGGCAGACUCUGACAUCUGCUAUACGAAGCUCUUAGAAUGACACACUUGUCUAUGUAAACACGGAUGUUUGUUUAAGACGCAAGUGUUAAUUCCUGAUGAAUACAUGUUCAAACAGACCAAAGAAAGGAUAACUCACACUGUUGGGGAUGUUGGAGCCAAAAAAAGGGGCUCAGUUGGUUAGUUUGACUUUGCUGGCUCUCUGUCUUCAUGAAAAAUCUGCCUGUGACUUGAGCAGAGGUUUUAUGUGCCCGUUAUGAACACAGACCAAUGAAUGUAAAACUAUAUUAAAUAAAGGGAUUUUUGCCUCAUUCAAA